CCUUUAAAAGUAUUAGCCAUGUGUCAAAUUCGAGCUAAAAUUUAUCAAAAUGAAACAAAUGCUAAUAUAGACUAUGCCCGAGAAUGUUUUUAUUCUAAUAGUAUAUUAAAUAAUCAGCUAGAUGAAAUGGAAAUAGAGAACCUUAAAGAGGCACAAGAUGACAAAAGAAAUAUGUUAAUAGAAAAUGAUAUUGAAUUAGAAGAGGAAUGGCAUAAAAUCGUUCAACAUUGGAUUGAAUUAUUAGAUGAUGAU